UCAAAUCCCAUUCCCGCUCCUCCCUACCACCUUCACCCCAACCUUCUCUUCCAGAUGAAUUUUCCUCUAUCCACUUGCGUAACCCUCUCCCCCCUCCCCGCCCCGCUCCGGGCUCUUUUUAUAGGUUUUUUUUUGUUUUACAUUUCUUUACCCUUCCAAAGAGGGGUCCGCAGGAGCCACAGGGCUCGGCCCUUUUCACCCCGCCCGGGUCACCCCUCCCAUCGGACAACUGAUGAUUUAUACUCCUAGACAGCCCCGUGUCCCACAACCUCUGUGUUUUUUGGAAGCCAUGCAGCAGCAGCAGCAGCAGCAGCCCCAUUACGCCUCGGAACGGGCAGCACCGCCCUUCCUUCCCCUUGGGCCCUGGGCGGUGUUGCAGCAGCAGCAGCUACAGCAGCAGCAGCAGCAGCGGCCGCGGAGGGUAGGGCAAGUUUGGCAUCUGGGGCGGAACCCGGCUCCGGAUAAUAAUGACUGUCUACAAAACACCAGAAGAGCAUCUUAGAGGACUUAACUAAAAGAAUGCUGAUGUUUGACCCUGUCCCUGUUAAGCAAGAGGCAAUGGAUCCUGUCUCAGUGUCAUAUCCAUCUAAUUACAUCGAGCAAAUGAAGUCAAACAAGUAUAGCGUCAUUUAUUCUACACCGAACAUGUUACACAAUAAGUUCUAUCCAACCCCGGAAGGCCUUUCCAAUGGAAUCCAGAUGGAGCCGGUGGAUCUCACAGUGAACAAGCGGAGUUCUCCCCCUUCGGCCGGAAGUUCUCCCUCCCCGCUGAAAUUUCAGACUUCCCAUAGGCGAGCGUCUCCGGGAUUGACUCUGCCUUCGCCCAGCCCGCCUAUGAAAAAGUUCACCCCGCCUCCGCCGGGGGUUCAGCCCUUCAGCGUGCCGCUGUCCAUCCCUCCCGUCAUGGCCGCGCUCUCGAGACACGGGAUCCGGAGCCCCGGGAUCCUCCCAGUCAUCCAGCCGGUUGUUGUGCAGCCCGUCCCUUUCAUGUAUGCCAGUCACCUUCAGCAGCCUAUCAUGGUGUCCACUGUUCUCGCGGACGAGUUGGACAAUGCCAGUAGCAUGCAAGUACCUGUCAUUGAAUCCUACGAGAAGCCUAUUUUACAGAAAAAAAUAAAAGUAGAGCCUGGGAUUGAACCACAGAGGACAGAUUAUUAUCCUGAAGAAAUGUCGCCCCCACUAAUGAACUCAGUCUCCCCUCCACAAGUUCCAUUGUUGCAAGAGAACCACCCUUCAGUCAUAGUGCAGCCCGGAAAGAGACCUUUGCCAGUGGAAUCUCCAGAUACGCAAAGAAAACGCAGGAUACACAGAUGCGAUUAUGAGGGAUGCAACAAAGUAUACACUAAAAGCUCUCACUUGAAAGCCCACAGAAGAACACAUACAGGGGAAAAACCCUACAAAUGCACAUGGGAGGGAUGCACGUGGAAGUUUGCUCGGUCUGAUGAACUAACAAGGCAUUUUCGAAAACAUACUGGAAUUAAACCUUUCCAGUGCCCAGACUGUGACCGCAGCUUCUCUCGCUCUGAUCACCUUGCCCUACAUAGGAAACGCCACAUGCUAGUCUGAAUGCCUCCAUCUCCUGUAUCAAGUCCCUCCUCUCCUGCCUCUCUCCGUCUCCUUCCCAUUCUCUAACUCAUUUUUUUACAUGUACAUUUUAAUUUUGAUUCAGCUGGUCUGAAUCACUGAGUUUAUACCAUUAAAAACUUCCAUAUGGUCAGUAAUAGAUGUUAUCUAACCCUCCUUUCUCCUUACCACGGGUCAGACCUAAAGAAUGUGAACACUUUUUUUUCUUUCUGGGGAUGCUAAGCAAACCCUUCCCACAGACAUUGUUGAAUGGACUGCGAAUAAGGGAAUUAAUGUAAAUUAACCUAGCCAUGUGUUGGUUUCUCCAUGUAUUCCGUCAUCCUAUAUUGACAAACCAGUAAAUGUAUUAGAAAUAUCCUAUCCAGACUGCUAGUCCUUGCCAGAGAUGUUCAUGCUUCUGUGCCCUAGAAUCUGCUCAACAAUCUGGGAAAGGACGGACCCUUCCCACCCCCCGGAUGCCCUUAAAUCGUGGCAAGGGGAGACGCGAGCGUCGUCGCCUCUUCCCUGUUCUCAGCAGAUCCCACUCGCCAGAAUUUGGGUUUAUUGCCUCGAUCUAAAUUCUAUUCUUUGACAGUAUUCAGCCCAGUACAAAAUGUCUCAAACUGGGCAGAUGAGUUCCUGCUGCUCCCUCGGGUGGCUGCCCACCCGGGAGGAGGGGGAGGCAGAGGUGGGGAGACCAGAGGCUCUCAGUUACUGACUCGAUGGUCUUCAGUGAAUGUCAGACACGCAGGGGCUGGCGGGCCCCGGGGAAGGCAUUGUCAUUGGUCCUUGGGCCUCUCCUGGCAAAGGGGAAUGAAAAUGCCCUCCUGCUCCCUCACCCCCACCUCUGGGCACUGCCCGGGCACCUCAGUACCAAAUAAAGCACAAAUCACCCAAGUUCUCAAAUCGUGCGGAUGAAUCAUUGAAGAGUGAAUUGGGGUAACAUCUCAAAAAAAAAAAAAACCUGCCUUCCUUAUUCUAAAGCUUAGUCAUCUUUUGGGUUCCGGAUUGGCAUCUUUCUCGUAUCGGCGCAUAACUUUUAAACAAAUGAAAAUUUUUGAAAAUAAUAUUCCCAUAACCAGUUAGGUUACACACACAUACACACACACACACACACACUCUAUGCAGAAACCGGAUUCUGCAUGAGCUAUAAUGUGCCAACUUGGCUCUUGUCUGUGUUUAUAACGAGUAUCCUAAAUAAGCAUCUGUUAAUGCUUUGGUAGAUUCGUUCCAUUGAAGACCUCUUAAGUGACACUUUGUAAAUAGAACUAGUGAAGAGGAAGCACACACAUACCCGCCAUACUUCUGUAACAGAUUUCCAAGUCACUUAGCCAACCACCAUGGAGGGAUUUGCAAUUUUCCCCAUUGGCGAUGAGUGGCAUCUUCCAGAGGUUCCCCACAGGAUGAUGGUUGCCAUUGGCGAGAUCCCAUCCAUCCUUGGUCUCCUGGCGAUGGGAUGAACAUACCAAAGUCGUGACUCCUAUUUGAAUUGGGAUCAUAGUAAGCAGCACCCAUCCUGGGAGGAAGUUCUUCCUCAAAAGCUGGCUUUUGAGCAGUACUGUCGAGAUGCUGGAGUAUUUGGGGGUAUAAAUUAGCAGAGAGGGACACCCAGGAACAAAAGUGGGCACCGCUGAUCAGAUGGGCUCGUGUUCUUUGGCAGAAGUAGGGAGAGGAGAGGAGCAAGUAAACACUUGAAAAGUUUAUCCCUAGGUACCAUUCAACUUAUUUAAUGUUUAAAAAAGAAAGAUGGUCAUGGGCUGGAUGAACAACUAAAAGAGGGCUCUUGUAAUUCGCCAUCUUGAAGAUCCCAUCGCCUUUUGAAUCCUGGAUGACUUGUGGGAUGUCCAGUUGUCAUGGCAAUACACUGAAGACUCAGGAAAUCUUAAUCAUUUUCCAAGAAAUCAAAUGUGGAAUAGAGGUGUAUUUUUCAAAUCUCUAAUGCCCUUUUUGUCCAGUAUCAAUGACCCACCUUAAAAAAUAAAAUGUGCACAUUUUAGCCAAUAAGAUGUUUGGGGAAUGAAUACAUUAUCUCAGUUCUUCAUCGUUUUACUUUUUUUUCCUAAGUAGGACAAAAUUUGGUUCAGUUUAUGGAUUUUAAAAUUUCACAAUUUGAUUACUCCUUCACCUAUCCCCCCUCCCAGAAUAUUGUGGAGAAGUUUACUGUCAUGUAUAUGAUAGAUACUACAUUCAUGGCACACCACCCAGCGUACCAGUCAGUCACAAACUCGAGAACCAACAUGGAAUACAAAAGGCAUAUCUGGAUAAAUGAGCCCAAUUUGUGGUGUUCUGCCCUCAAAAAAAGUGACCUGUACGAUUUUUGUUACCUGUAUGAGUCUGUGUGACAGAAGGGGGGUGGGGUGCACUGAAAUUUGCCAAUUGCAUAUUUGGUGUAUUGAAAUUAGAAAUAAUGAAACCAAACUUUUGUUUAUGCUUUUAAUUUGUUUAAUAUGGAUUUGUUGGAGUAAUAAAAGAGCCAUCGGCAAUUAAUCAACUUUGAAAGAAAAGCAACCCUGAGACAUGAUUAUGUGUUUCCUUGCUAUUCUGUUUUCUUUAGUGUACUAUUUGGCCCUUCACCAAAUUUUCCUUUAUAAAUAUUGUAUUUUGUUAUUAUAGGUGAAAAUUCUAGUCUCUUAGCCAUUUUUCUGUUCAUUGUGGAAGGACUCAAAUAAGCAUCAUCUUGAAAUGCCCUUGAACGUAUUUUUACAAUGUCAACCCUGUCAUUCCCAAUGGCAGUUUUAGGGACAACAUCCUUAAAUCAACAAUAAUUAUUUGUACACGGAUUUUUUUUUAAAUUCCAUUUGCUCUAGGAUUUCUCAAAUUACUUAGUGUCAUGGGGAAGAAGUCAGGAAGUUUGACAAUAAAUCUGGCUUAUAUUAGAGUUUUAAAAUGUGAAUCUACAUCUUAAAUGGGCAUUAACUUUCUAAUGGACUUUUGAGUUGGGGAAUGUAUUAGCAGAAUAGCUACUACAUGCAACUAAGGAGAUGCUAAAUUAGCAGGAAUUUCUCUAGAACCUUGAAACAGAUUCAAAGGAGAACUAGAUAUAUAUUUUUAAAAAUGAAACACUCAUCUGCAUAUCAGUAUUGCACUAAUAAAGGAACUGAAGGUGAUUUUGCUGAUACUGUAUAGCCCUGUCUGUGUCAUUUGGGAGCAAUUUAUUUGAAAGACAAUCUCUUCGAGGGAAGCAGGUUUGGCAGUGAUUUGAUUUGUUGAGAAAAAUAUACCCUAGUUCUUGAUUAAUCCCUGGAGUACAUAAAGUUGGUCUGAGUAUGUUGUCUUCUUUCUCCUCUCAGUCAAGCUUAACAACUUCUAAAAUGACUGAAAAUUCCUUCUAAAAUAAAGCCAUUUUACAUGCAUUAAAUGAGGGCUACAACAUUAUGUUUUACAAAUACUAGCACUUUUUUUUUUUUGCUAUUUAUGUACUUAAAGUUAGAGGGUCAAAAUAAUCUUUCUGCUUAGCAUCUCUUAAACCAUGCCUGCCAAUACUGCAGGAUUAUUACAUUUACAGUACUUUAAUACUUGUGUAAACUAUGCAGAAAUUUUUAAUAAAGUGUAAUAUAUUUUAUAAGCUAAUAAGACUGAAUGGGUAAAGGUUUUUAGCAUGCAUUAGUAUAACUUGCAAAUACUGAAACAUUUUGGUAAUCUUUCUUACUAAAGAUGUGAAUGUUUAAUGUUCCUUCACUGUUUCUACUUUGGUAGUCCAAUGGGAAUUCAGUAAUGACAUUUUGUCAUGUCAAACUGUGAACAUAAAUUUGUACUGUACAGUCCUCAUACUAUAUACCAUAUGCAAUAUAUGUAUUAUAAACUUGUUAAUAAAACCAUCUGAAUAGUAAA